AUGAAGAUCCAAAAUCGCACAUUCAUCAUCUCGGGCGGCGCGUCAGGCCUGGGCAAAAGCACCGCCCUUGAAAUCAUCAAAGCCGGCGGCUACGUCGCGGUCCUCGACUUGUCCGAUGAAGAGACCGGACAAGCUCUGGAAAAGGAGCUUGGCCCCUCGGCCAAGUUCUUCCAUUGCAAUGUGAUUAAGACUGAGAGCAUCGCAAAGGCUGUUCGGGGCACGGUCGAUUGGAUCAAGGAGACUGGAAAGCCGCUCGGCGGUGUGGUUCCAGCGGCUGGCAUUGGCCUCCCAGCAGCCACUCUUGAUCGAAACGGCAAAGCCUUCGAUAUGGAUUCAGUUGACCUCGUUCUGGGCGUCAAUCUUAGAGGCACCAUCGACCUCAUCCGCCAAUCCGUGGAGCAUCUCGCAAAGGUCGACCCCGAAGGGCCAGACGGUGAGCGCGGCGUUGUCAUCAUGGUCAGCAGUUCAAGUGCUUUCGAUGGCCAGCACGGCCAAGUCAGCUACGCGGCCAGCAAGGGCGCCGUCGCGUCAAUGGCAUUGCCCAUGUCCCGAGAUUUGGCUAAAUAUGGCAUUCGCGUCGUCGCAAUUGCUCCCAGCUUGUUUACAACUGCCUUGACGGCUAUGAUGAGCGAUAGGGUGCGCAAAAGUCUUGAAGCUUCGUUCAUAUUUCCCAAUCGAGCGGGCAAUCCGCCAGAAUUCUCCUUUUUAGUCAAGCACAUCAUUGAGAACCCCAUGUUCAACGGCGCCGUCAUUCGCAUAGAUGGAGCGUCAAGAUUGAGCAAGUUGUAA